CGAAGCUCAACAAGGUGCUUUAACACAACCUGCACCGCCGAGUCAGCUGAGCUCCGUCAGUACUGAGUUGCCCUUCUGGGGCUGAUAAAGUUGCCUGAAUCUGGAUCUAAUCCCCGCCACCAGCGCUCCCAGCGGCUCUCCCAAAUGGAGGCAAAUGGAGCGCACCCCGCGUCACGUGACCGGGCUGCAGUCUGCGCAUGCCCAGUAGAAUGGCCUGACGUUGUUUUGGGUUUUCAGUGUCGACGGCGGACUGUCCGAGCACGACGUGAGACGCUCGCGCGGACGGGAAGUUGGGGGCCGGGUUCGUCAUGGAGACCGCGUUCUCCAGCUUCUCCGGUCUGGCUGAGGGCACUGUGUCUUGGCUCCAGGAGACAAUGGCAAAGAGGAAAACGCAGCUGAAGCAGAUUCCUGAAGAGCCAGAGACUGGGAACUCAGUGGGGACUCAGUGGGGACUCGAUGGGGACUACAAUCCAUCCUCAUCCAGUGACGCUGACGAUGCAGAAGGCAGAUGCUCUAAUAGAAAAAAGAAGGCGGCGGUGACUUGCAGAAAGACAAAAAAGAAAAACAUUGUGAAGAAAAAAAAGAAAAAUAUUGUAAAGAAAAAGGAUAAGGACAUUGAAACUACUAUAACUGUAAAAAUGUGUACAAAAAAGAAUAACAAACGAGCAUGGGACAAAAGACAUUACUGUCUUUACUGUGGCAAGUCGGACAUGAAGAUAGCAAGGCAUCUAGAAAGAAAGCAUAUAGAAGUUAAAGAAGUUGCCCAUGCCUUUAGCUUUCCAGUAGGGUCCAAACAGAGGAAGGAACUUCUUGAAGAACUGCGAAAUAUGGGCGAUUAUCAGCAUAACAUGAAAGUCCUUAAAGAAGGCAGGGGGCAAAUAGUGACUCGGAAACGGCCUUGUAAUAAUGCCUCUGUCGAGGAUUACUUGCCUUGUCAGUUCUGUUAUGCGAUGUUUGUGAAAAGGGCUCUGUGGAAACACCAGUCUUCAUGCAGAAGCAGGGAAACGCGUGAUGAGAAAGACGGUGAGAGAAAAACCAGAAAAAGUGUUCAAAAAGCUUCCUCUGGCCUGCUUCCAAUCGCUAAUUCCUCGAAGGCAUGUCAAGAUGUUAUCCAUGCCAUGCGCCAAGAUGCAGUUACUUUUCAUAUCCGGACUGAUAACUUGAUUUGCAAAUAUGGGGAGUCUUUACAUGCAAAACAUUGGCAAGAGAAGUCUCGAGACACAACAAGAUACAUUGCACAAAAAUUGCGAGAACUUGGAAGGUUCAUGCUGGUUGUCAAAAAGCUUGAUAAGACUGUAAAGGGUCUUCAAGAUGUGUGUACACCACUUAAGUUUAACCUUGUCCUGAAAGCAAUCAGAAAGCUCACAGAGUUUAGUCCAACCAAAAAUGUAUACAGAAAGCCAUCAACCGCUGUGAAAAUUGGAUUCUCUCUUAAAGGCGCAACUGAGGUUCUGAUCGGGCAAACAGUCAUGAUGGAGGAUGAUUCGGCGGAGAAGAAGGCUAAGAAGUUCAUGGAACUUCUGGACAAGUCUUGGAAAGACCAUGUGUCUGCCAGUGCGUACAGGUCAAUGGAGCAGAGCAAACUGACCAAAGAUGAGAGCAUUCCUCUCACCAAAGACGUUAUGACCCUUCAGGAGUAUCUCAGGAAAGUGGAAGAUGAUGCUAAGAAGGAGUUAAAUGACAGAAUAAGUGAAACGGCAUAUAAGAAGUUAAGUGAAAGCCUCCUCGCCCAGAUCAUUGUUUUCAACAAGCGACGUGGAGAGGCAUCUCGCCUGACCUUGGAAACAUAUAAAAGUAUGAACAGUAGCCCAGUUAAUUUAGGCAUCUAUGAAAUGCUGUCACCGUUGGAAAAAGAGCUGUGUAGUAAGCUCUCACGUUUAGAGCUUCCUGGAAAGAACGGAAGGAAGAUACCUAUUCUCCUACCUGAUAGAACCAAGGCAUCCAUUGACCUACUAAUUGAGAAAAGAGAAGCAGUCGGGAUUCCUGCUGAUAACCCCUUUCUCUUUGCAAGACCCGGUGCAGAGACACCCAUUCGAGGGUGUGACUGUCUUCGAAAAUUCGCAAAAGACAGCAAGGCAGAAAACCCAGAGCUCCUGAGAUCUACUAGACUAAUAAAACAUGUUGCCACUCUCUGCCAGCUCAUGCAUCUUGAUGGACAAGAACUCGAACAGUUAGCCAAGUUCAUGGGUCACGACAUCAGAGUGCACUGUAACGUUUAUCGACAGACAGACAAAACCUUCCAGCUGGCGGACAUGAGUAAGCUUCUCUUUGCCAUGGAGAGAAGUAGCACAACCCUUACGGGGAAGGAUCUCAAGUCACUCAGUUCUCCAGUUGUAGAGAACAGGGCUUCCUCCAGCAGUUGGGAACAGCUCACAGAAGGAGAACAAAAGAAGGGAUUUGAACAGGAUAUCUCUACAGCCAAGAAAAGCGUCACCCAGAAAGAACACACGAAGCGGCCGUGGAACGCAGAGGAAAAGGCAGCAGUGUCACGACACCUGGGAAGCUUCAUUGAAGAAAGAAGAGUUCCUGGAAAAUUGGCGUGUCUGCUUUGCAUUGAAAACGAGGAAGUGCUGAAAGACAGAUCUUGGAAAGACAUCAAGAACUUUGUGCAUAAUACUAUUGUUUCUCUCAAGAGAUAUCUAGAUAGACAGAUGGAUGUACAGACUGACGGAUGGACAGGGGGACGGCCAGACAGUUGGACAGAUGGGCGGACAGACAGGUGGAUGGAUGGACAGACAGAAGGACGGACAGCUGUGGAUGCCCCAUCUGCAGCAGCUCCGGCCGGGAUGUUCGGCAGUGUACCUGGCUAUGAAGGCACUGUGGCAGCAGGAGGAGGUGGUUUUCUGCCUUCCCCUGUCCCCCUGGAGCCUGUCACACCUCCUCAGCCUGACCCGAGGCAGACAGACUGGAGUUUGCCAUCCCUGACAGAGGAGUUGGCGCGGGAGGCCUUGAGGAAGUUUGCCUCCUCUCACUGCUGCUACAGCAAAGCUCCCACCAACCAGGGCCUCAUCACAGCCAUGCAGCCCUUCAACACAUACCGGUACCGGCUGGAGACAUUCGCUGAGUCCAGGACAACAGACUGGGCCCACAAACCACACGAAGGGGAGCUCGCAGACUUCUACACUCAGACCGCCCCACGGCCAUGGGAGGUCCCAGCCACACCCCCGAACCUAUUCACCAAUCACACGGAGGAAAUCCGUGUGCCCUUCACGUCUUCCAUCAAGGAGUGUCAUAGCUGCCAUGCUAGUGGGAAGAUGCCAUGUAAGGAGUGUUAUGGCUCUGCAUCAAAGCGGUGCUGGGUGUGUAACGGUUCUGGGAAGAGAUUCGAUGAUUACUGCAGCCACUGUAACUCUACUGGAAGAGAGAAUUGUUUACAGUGUCAUGGUGAGGGGACGGAGGAGUGUAAGACCUGUGAAGGAAAACGACAACUCCUGACUUUCAUUCAGCUUAAAGUACACUGGACUAACCAUGUGGAAGAUUUUGUGGUGGAUCAGAACAGUGGUCUGAAGUCUGAGGAGCUGAGCACUGUGACCGGGAAAGAACUUUUCAAGAUCAGCCAAAACCUGGUGUAUCCGGUGGUUGGCUUCCCAGAUCCCUCCAUCUCUCAGGCCUCAGAGCGACUUGUCAGAGAGCACCAAACCAAGUAUGCCCAAAACUCCAGAGUGCUGCAGCAGAGGCAGACUAUAGAACUGAUUCCAGUCACUAAGGUCACCUAUAAAUGGAAAGGGGACAGCUUUGUUUACUACGUCUAUGGAAAUGAACACAAUGUCAGCACAGACAACUACCCUGCUACCUGCCGCUGUGUUAUCCAAUAGAAACAGCACACCCUGAUGUGGAGAUACUCCCACUGCCACUCUUCUUCAUGUUUAUAUUCUAAAACACAAAGAACUACAUAUCCUCUAACACAUACCAACAGAUUUCAGGAUCAAACACUGAGACGACGACAUGAAUGGACAUGCAUGUAGAUAAGUACUCCAAACGGACUAUUCUUAAUAGCAACAGUAUUAUUGUUAAUCUGCUGAGUCUGUCUCACGCUGGGUUUUCUGCAUCAGUGCCUGGCUUCUGGUAACGUGUCUCUACCUCCUGUAAACAAACAGAAUACAUCUGCCAUGGUAGGUAAUGUUAAUGGUGGGUUAGUGCUUUCAACAGAGGACACUCCGAGAUGCCUGCUUCCAUGUUGAGUUUGUACAACACAACUGCAUUGAUAGAUAGCAGUGGAUGAUGUGUUGCUGUAAAGCCCCUUGAGGAAAAAAAUUGUAAUUAGUGAAAUUGGGCUAUACAAAUAAAACUGACUUGACUUGAUGUUACACCCUAACCAGAGGUGCCUCAGCCUGGCUGCAGUUCUCCUAGUGACGACCAGGGGGCUCUGGUUCCCAGCUGAAUGGGCUUGUUGGAAACCCUGGAUGUGGAGAACCUAAACCCACAAAGGCCCUCCCCUGAAAAACUCCUGAACUUUAAUACAUCUUGUUUUUCACCCAGUACUGUGCAGUGUCCCAUACCACAGUAAUGAAAGGGAUUCUGGGUAAAGGUAGGGAAAGAAUGACAGCCAUCUCUAGACAGCAGAAAGAGACUGGAUGUCAGAGCUGCUUUGAUGAUUUCCUCAGAAGGAGGCCUUGUAAAGUCUGAGGAUUUGACUUCAUUACGAGCAAAACACAUGUUUUCUUUUAGGUCAUGCGUACUUGGCUAGAAAUUAGAGUGACAACCUGGCCACCGCCCGGGCUUCGACACAAGCCAGUAACGUACGUUCUAGCAGUGCAUUAUAGGAUUUAUCAGUGUGAGGACACGUGUCUGUGACAACCAUGUAGUGUUGCUGAUGUCAACAAGACAAAACGACACAAACUUCUGGUGAAGUGUGGAGAAGUGGGCUGCCUGUGCUCAUCAGAUUAGUGGCUUAGUAUUUGUAAUAGUUGCUCAAUAUGAUUAGUGGUGAUGUUUAGAUGCCUUACCUGACCCCGGUGUCAAUAUGAGGUUUUGCAUGCUAACCUCCUGAUGUCAGCAGUAUCGUUGUUAUGGUUCCUAUGGUUGAUGUUUUUAUCAUGGCUUUAAAAUACAAUAAAUACUGAAAUUGAAACAA